CGGAGCUCCGCCCCUCGGGGCGGGGCCCAGCGCGGCCCGGCCCGGCCCAGCGCGGCGGCAGAGGCGAUGUGGAGCCGGGACGCGCGGCUCCGCUGCUAGAGGGAGGCUGGGGUGCGCUCGCCGCCACCCGGGAGACCCGGCCGCAGGUUCCAUACAUUCUCAGCUCCCCAGUCUGGAAAAUGCGUACCUUGCACCCAUGUUGAAGUAAAGUCAUCCAGGAGAAACGAGGAGAUUGCAUAAAUCUUUGUAGACAAGUUGCCUGCAAGCAGUUAAACCGAAAUUAACUUCUGCCUUCUGGCCGCAGAGCGCUAGUUUGACAUUCGUGUGUGAUAUUCUGCAGACUAAAUCAUGCCAGCGUUAUCAACUGGAUCUGGAAGUGACACAGGUCUGUAUGAACUGCUGGCUGCAUUGCCAGCCCAGCUGCAGCCACAUGUGGACAGCCAGGAAGACCUGACCUUCCUCUGGGAUAUGUUUGGUGAAAAAAGCCUUCAUUCACUGGUGAAGAUUCAUGAAAAACUGCAUUAUUAUGAAAAACAGAACCCUGUGCCCAUACUCCACGGUGCAGCAGCCUUGGCAGAUGAUCUGGCUGAGGAGCUGCAGAGCAAGCCGCUGAACAGCGAGAUCAGAGAACUGCUGAAACUGCUGUCAAAACCCAAUCUCAAGGCUUUGCUCUCUGUACAUGAUACUGUUGCUCAGAAGAACUACGAUCCUGUCUUGCCUCCUAUGCCUGAUGAUAUUGAUGAGGAAGAAGAUUCAGUUAAAAUCAUCAGACUUGUCAAAAACAGGGAACCAUUGGGGGCUACUAUUAAAAGGGAUGAACAUACCGGUGCAAUUGUAGUGGCCAGGAUCAUGCGAGGAGGAGCUGCAGAUAGAAGCGGUCUUAUUCAUGUUGGUGAUGAACUGAGGGAAGUCAAUGGGAUUCCUGUAGACGAUAAAAAACCUGAAGAAAUAAUACACAUUUUGGCUCAGUCUCAAGGAGCAAUUACAUUUAAAAUUAUACCCAGUGUGAAGGAAGAAACACCAUCAAAGGAAGGCAAGAUGUUUAUUAGAGCCCUAUUUGACUAUGAUCCUAAUGAAGAUAAAGCAAUUCCUUGUAAAGAAGCUGGACUUGCUUUCAGAAAAGGAGAUGUCCUUCAGAUCAUGAGCCAGGAUGAUGCAACCUGGUGGCAGGCCAAACACGAAGGUGAUGCCAAUCCCAGAGCUGGCUUGAUCCCUUCAAAGCCUUUCCAGGAGAGGCGAUUUGCACUAAGAAGACCAGAAGUGCAGAUUCAGCCACUGAAAAUUUCCAACAGAAAAUCAUAUGCUGAAUGUGCUGGUCACAACAGUGGAUCCUAUCUAGCUGGUUUUAGAAGAAGCUUUCGCCUUAGCAGAAAAGAUAAAAAAACAAACAAAUCUAUGUAUGAGUGCAAGAAGAGUGAUCAGUACGAUACAGCAGAUAUCCCAACAUAUGAAGAAGUUGCAAAAUAUAGACGACAACCUAAUGACAAAUACAGGCUUGUAGUUUUGGUUGGACCAGUAGGGGUUGGGCUGAAUGAGCUUAAACGAAAAUUGCUGAUCAGUGACACCCAGCAUUACGGCGUAACAGUGCCACACACUACCCGAGCAAGAAGAAGCCAAGAAAGCGAUGGUGUUGAAUACAUUUUCAUUUCCAAGCACUUGUUUGAGACAGACGUACAGAAUAACAAGUUUAUCGAGUACGGCGAGUAUAAGAACAACUACUAUGGUACAAGCUUAGACUCUGUUCGAUCAGUCCUUGCUAAAAACAAAGUCUGUCUGUUGGAUGUGCAGCCUCAUACAGUGAAACACUUACGGACCUACGAGUUUAAACCAUUUGUUAUAUUUAUAAAGCCUCCACCGCUUGACCGCUUGAGAGAGACCAGAAAAAAUGCCAAGAUUAUUUCAAGUAAAGAUGAUAGGGGAACUGCAAAACCAUUUACAGAAGAAGAUUUUCAAGAGAUGAUUAAGUCUGCCCAGAUCAUGGAGAGCCAGUACGGCCACCUCUUUGAUAAGGUGAUCGUCAACGAUGACCUCGCAACAGCCUACAGCGAGCUUAAGGCAACCUUCGACAGACUGGAGACUGAGACCUUCUGGGUUCCCGUCAGCUGGUUGCACUCGUAGCGGUUCCCAUGCACAAGGCAGCCGAUGCGUCCCGAUCCAAGUGUGGUGCAUGGUUAGGCAAUACUUAAGGGCCGUUUUCUUGGGAAGAGGGCUUUCUAACUCUACCUGAGCAGCAAGUACACUCUUCAUAUACUUGACACUGGUCUUGUUUUCCUGUGUCUUCAAUCCUCCUGUUCACAAUUUUGGGACAGUCAGGUUGAACCAAAAUUUUACUGUGCUCAGUAAAGCGAGCUAAUACUCAUGUAACAAAACUGCCAAACGUCUCUCUCUCACUCUUAUGUUCAUUUCCAAGGUAAGCUUUUUUAAUGGAGAGUCUGCAGAAGAUAGGAAUUAAUACUGGAGAUCAGCACUUUGAUGGCUGUAAGUAUAACUGCUCUCAUAAAAAGCACAUCAGCACUUGGAAGUUAUUAUCCCUUAAGUGCUUGAGAGAACUGAAAUAGGCAAAAGUGACCAAUGCUUUUAUGGGGAAGACAUCCUAUGUGCAGCAAGAUAAGUGUUUUUACUUUUCUAGAUGUGAGCCUUGUCUUACAUGUACAGAGUGAUUGCAGUAUUCCUUUGCACUUAUGUAGUCAUGAAAAGCAAGAUGUAUUCAGUGGCUCAGUUGUGAAAAGCCCUGCUGUGAGCAUGCACAGAUUGAAGAUAUUUUCAUGCAUGCUUUGUGGCACAACAAAGAGAACUCACAGGAAUAUUUAUUUAAAUAGGGUUACUAUGUAUAUAACUUCAAAGUCUUUGGGGUUAAUCUUCUGUAAAAUGGGUGGCGGAGCAGUAUGAAUAGCAACCAAGUAAAGAGUAAAUUUUUUUUUCCUUUGAAUUGAUAUCAAGAAUUUUUAGCAUCCCUUAGAACAGUUUUCUAUUCAGAAAUGUUCAAACAAUUGGUGAGGACACUGCGGAGAUCUGGGAAGCAGUUGCAAUAAGUCAGGUCUUUCUGUGUUAGGUAUGUCGCGGUACUUGUUUUAGUAGUGUAACAGACUCCUUGUCUCCAUCCAAAACCAAACUAAUGCUGUAGUCCUCAGUAUGAAAAGAUCUCCGUCAGUGGUCAGACGCAGUUGGAAACCUCACCUUAAAUUUGAUGUGGCAGUGUAAGCAAAUGUAUCAUAGAUGAUGUAUUUUAAUAUAGAUAAUUUGAUAUUUUUCUUUCCUUACUACUGAUAUGCAGGAAAUGAGUACAUCUGUAAAGGCCAAGUAACACCUGUGUGUUGUGUUGUGAAUGUGUCUGUAAGUACAGAAUGUGUAUAGGAGCUUGUAAAUUCAGGUCAUCACAUCUGUGGCAUUCAAACAGGAAACAGUUAUUUCAUGUUAAUCUGUAAAGAGAGUAUAGAUGUCUUGUUUCAAGGAAAAAGAAUUUAGUGAAACUUUAUAUAUUUAUGGACGGGUUGAAAAGAGAUGUUAAGUUUUUAAAUUUCUUGUCGAUGUGAUCAUUUAUUAAACAGAUUACGAAGACUGUAAUUCGAAACACUGUCUCUGUAAAUUGAGCUCAACAUUCCAUGUAAAUAUUUUAUUUCAGUUCACGUGCUGAUAAAGCCAUCAGAUUCUGCAGUUUUAUUCUAGAUGUGUAUUUAAUUUGUGGGCCACUGCACGUAGCUUAGAGUUGUGUAAAACAAAUGAAAUGCAAGCAGCAGCAGCAAAAUCCCUCCGAGUCUGGAAAUGUUUAUGCAGGAGUCACAGAUGUGCAGAAUCUCAGUAUGGUAAACGCUCUGUUUGAAUCGCUGUAAUGUAACUUCUGUCGAAUGUCACUGUUUUUCUGGGGGACUUAAAGCUUUUUGUAACAGAAAUGGAGAUUUGUUGGUUAAGUUAAUUGCAUGCAGGUUAUGUGGGUUGAGAAAAUGUUUUCUAUUUUUUUAAUUAAUGCAAAUCAAAUUGUUUUUCUUGGGAUCUGGAAUUGGGUGCCUGCUUGCCUUUGCCUUUGCCUUUGCCUGCAAAGAGCCGAGUGCCCUCACCACCUCUUCCAACCAACAGCUCGGAGAGGGCACUCUGCAUCCCUCGGGAUCUGGCCAUUUCCAGCCUUUAGUCCUUAAUGAGUGACUCUCAACACUGCUUCUGACCCGUGGUGUAUCAGGACAUCAGUGUAAAAUAACUCUCCCAUAAGGGACCUGCUUUUCUCUUUAAGAAAGAGACACUGGAACAUUCUGCAAGGCCCCUGUCCGAAGCAGUCCCGCAUGCUGUCUGUCUUGUCCUUUUCAAAAACGCUGCAGUUGCCAUUCCUGGGUCAGUGCAGUCUCAGAGGACGUUCUCCAGUGCGCUCUGUUGGGCAGUCAUGGGCAGCGCCGUGCUCUGCUGCCUUUGUGCAGACACUGCCUCUGGUCUGCGGCGCAGCCCUGCAGGUGUUUCGGAGGCGGAGAGGCGGAUGGCUGCCUGCCCCGUCUGCGGGCCGGGAGCCGAGUCCUGAGUUGUAACACCUGCAAAGGAAGGGAAUCACAAAAACAUAAAUCCUGCGGAGCAAAACGUGCACGCAGUGAGAGGUAGUGUUAGCUAAUAUUUCUAGAUUGCUCUUGAAAAUCAACGUUACUGCAGUGGUUGCUUCCAAAAAUAAAAAAAUAGAAGCCUCUGGGCUCUGCGAGGCAGGCAGGGAUGAUGCAAGUUCAAGGCUGAAAGACGUCUCAGCCCACCAGUUCUGACAGCACACGUCCUGCUCCGAGCCCACGUGCCGAACUGUUGUGAGGUUCUGUGGGGAGGGCUGCGUGCUUCUUCUGACUCUGAACACUCGGGAAUGAAGACGACUCAAGGUGGUUUCAAUAUUCCACAUAUUUGAGUUGUGCUGUGUGGGUUUUUAGGGAACUGUGUGUUUUGACAGUCAAGUCCAGAUGUUUUUGUUGUGUUCUAGCUGUUUGCCAUAGUCAAAAAAGGGUAGUAGUUUUUCAUAUUGUACCAAGCUCUGUACUUGAAUUCGCCAUCAGGUCAUUGGUUGAUGUCUUAUCUGGAGUCUGAUCUUAUCUUCUUUAUGCAAAACAAUAAAUUAUUGAUAUAUCACA